GUCUCGCUCAGAGAGACACCACCGAGAACGAGAAUCUAGAGAGAUAUUCCGGCGAUGCGGAGGGGCGAUAUUGAUAUUGAGAGCGCGGGGGAGAAGAAGAAGAAGAAGAGGGGAGGGAAUUACGCGGCGGCGAUCGACGAGGAUGAUGGGGAUAGCCAUUGGAUUUCGUGGCUCAUCCCUGUGUUCGUCGUGGCCAAUAUUGCGCUCUUCGUUGUUACCUUGUACGUUAACGAUUGUCCUAAGCAUACAAACGGCUGUGUGGCUAGUUUUCUCGGACGGUUCGCUUUCCAGCCCCUCCAUGAGAAUCCUCUCUUUGGGCCUUCUGCUUCCACAUUAAGGAAGAUGGGUGGUCUUGAGUGGGACAAGGUUGUGCAUCAUCAUCAAGGAUGGAGGCUUAUAUCAUGUAUCUGGUUACAUGCUGGGGUUAUUCACCUGGUUGUAAAUAUGCUGAGUCUUGUGAUUAUUGGCAUUCGUCUUGAGCAGCAAUGUGGCUUUGGUAUGCCGCUCUUGACAACAUUCAAGCUCUCGUUGGAAUUCCUUUUUCCUCUAGGAUUUGGGGGGAGUGUGCUUUCUUCGUUGUUCAUACAGAGGAGUACAUCUGUUGGUGCUUCGGGGGCUCUUUUUGGGCUUCUUGGAGCAAUGCUUUCUGAGCUUCUUACUAAUUGGUCAAUUUAUACCAACAAGGUUGCUGCUUUACUCACACUUCUGGUGAUCGUGAUCUUCAAUCUUGCAGUCGGAAUCCUGCCACACGUUGACAAUUUUGCCCACAUCGGUGGAUUCUUGACAGGUUUCCUCCUUGGCUUUGUCUUGCUGCCCCGGCCUCAGUUAGGGUGGAUAGAACGUAGGAAUCUUCCAGCUGAGAUUCGUGUCAAAUCCAAGUACAAGCCUUAUCAAUAUGCGCUGUGGUUUGCAUCUCUGGUUUUACUGAUAGCAGGGUUUUCAGUAGGUUUGGUUAUGCUGUUCCGCGGGGAGAAUGGGUAUCAUCGUUGCCAUUGGUGCCGCUACCUGAGCUGUGUGCCGACUAGUAAAUGGAAGUGUGAUGAAACUUGAUUACUUCUUCAUUAGUUGUAGAUCCUAUAUAGUUUGUAGAGUUGAUUCUUCCCAUAUAUACACUGCUUUUGCACUUGUGUUUACAACUCUGAGAAUUUAUGUUCAGUGUGAUUUUACUGUCUUUUUCAAGCACAA